UUUUUAGACAGUAAACACCAAACUCUGAAGUCAUGGGGGAAACCAAGCUCAUCGAUGACCUCACAAUCAAAAGAACAAAAAGACAUUUUCGUCCAGCGCAUUACUUACUUAAAAUACAGUCCUACUCUUUACUAUGUGAUACUGGGGUGGAAAAGUAUGACUCUGGUGUUUUUGAAGCCAGUGGACACAAAUGGAGGUUGUCUGUUUAUCCAAAAGGAAACGAGAAAUUGAAUGGAAGUGGUCACAUCUCAAUAUACUUGGCAAUUGUUGACACCGAAAAGUACACUCUUGGCUGGGAAAUUUAUGUCAGCUUCAAAUUGUUCCUGUUCGAUCAAAUACGAGACAAGUUCUUGACCAUUCAAGAUGUUGAUGGGGUAAUUAGAAGAUUCCAUGAUAUCAAGACUGAAUGGGGCUUUCAUAAAUUUUUAUCCCUUAAAUCGUUCGAAGAUCUUUCUCAAGGAUAUCUUGUCAAUAAUUGUUGCAUAUUUGGUGCUGAGCUUUUUGUUCAUGAACGCAAUGCCAAACGAGAGUUUCUUACUAUGAUAAAAGAGCCCCUUAACCGUACUAUGACUUGGAAAAUUGAAAACUUUUCAUCACUAGAUAAAGUGACAUAUUAUUCUCAAAUAUUUCAAAUUGGCGAUGUGAAAUGGAAGUUACUGGUUUACCCCAAAGGAAUUUAUAAUGGAGAAAUGAAAGCAAUAUCUCUCUUCCUCUUAUGUUGUGAUUGUGUUCUACCUGAGCACAAAUUUUUUGCAGAAUUCAAAAUACGUAUAAAGGACCAAAUUAACAAUGAAAAUCACGUGGAAAAAAUAGAAAAACAUUGGUUCACUACCUCUUCGAAUGAAUGGGGUUUCUCACACUUUAUGCCUCUUAAGGAUCUCCUAGAUGCAUCCAAGGGACUCCUUGUGAAUGAUGCUUUAAUGGUAGAAGGAGAAGUGAUAGUUAUGUCUAAUGUUAAGUGAUUCCCUAAAAUGCUUGUCUAAGAAAUCAUAGCAAAAAACUAUACUUUAAAUAUUGUAAAAAUACUUCUUUAUCCCGGAAUUGCAUUUGGGGAGGUUAUGAGAUUAUUAUAAUUAUUGUAAUUGCAAAGAUGUCAAUCUUA